AUUUAAAUGUAGCUCAGUCAACUCGAUCUAUCAAAUUUCCGAGAUAAGACAUAUGUAUUUGGCUCCGAGUGUACGAAGGAGUUACCAUGCAGUCAUCGCGAUGAAUAAACGUUCACCGUGACAGAUCGCCGCGUUACGUCGUGUAAUGGCCAGUAGUAAUUGUGACAAGUGUCAUUUGAAUUGCGUAUCCGCACAAGACAGUGACAGUUCUUUGUUAUUAUAAUAAUGUAUUGUGUGUUUAUUAAAGUAAAUUCGAUAUUAUAUAUAGGAUAUACCAGCAGAAUAUAGAGAACGUUUUUUUAGGCUAGAAUUGUGUACUGGGCAAAACAUUCGACGUAGAUUAUCCUUUAUCUUGGAAAUAAGAUAGAUAUUAUAUAUUAUAAAAUUCACUAAGAUGUCUGAAUUGACUGAAUUGACUGAAUUGACUGAUGUUCCAUCCUGUGUACCUAAAAUAGCAUGUACAAUCUCUCAAGAAUCAGAAUUUGAUGAUGCUUUGGAAGUACCUGACUCAUUAGAGAUAACAAUUGAUGAAAAUGGUGAGACAAUACAAGUUUGUAAGGAAGAAACAGAAUGCAUAGAUAAUAAAGAAACUCUUGAUGUAAUACCAUUCACUGUUAUACACAACCCACCGACAAAAUCUAAGUAUCAAAACUAUAAUGUAUUUAUUCCUGAUGAAGAAGUACAUGUGAGAAUCGUAGAUAAUGAACGUAGUGUGACCACACAUCCAGUAAAUCCAAAUUUAUAUACAAUAGAAUUUAGACAUGGACCUUUUGUUUGGAGUAUUAGAAAGCGAUACAAACAUAUUCAAUAUUUGCAUAAUCAGUUGAAAAUAUAUCGUGCUAGUUUGAAUAUACCUUUUCCUACAAAGAGCCACAGGGAAAAAAGGAACAGUUUAAAACAUCUUGGAACUGACAGCAGAAAAAGUAGACGAAAUGCUUUACCAAGGUUUCCAAAUAAGCCUGAUAUUCUAGUGCCUUAUGAACAGUUAAAUUGCAGAAGAAAGGAACUAGAGGAUUAUUUAAACAAUUUACUUAAUAUAGAAAUUUACAGACGUCAUUCUGAAACUAUUAAUUUUUUGGAUAUUUCACAUUUAUCUUUUGUGGCUGACUUAGGAAUGAAAGGAAAAGAAGGUACAAUUUUGAAACGCACUGGUUCGGGUGCUAAAACAAGAUGUAAUUUCUGUGGUUUGUUUGAGUGCGGAUUUUGUUUUAAGUGCAACUAUCUCUGCACUUCUCUAUGUGGCAAAUGGCAUACUCGACAUCUUAUCGUUAAAGAUACUUUUGUUGCAUAUCUUACCCCCAAAGAUAGCAGAAUAAAGUCCGUUAUUUUAAUGGAUAAUGGCUUUGGAAUUAGUUUUGGAAUGUACACUACAGGUUCACGAAAUGGUAUACAAAUUGCAAAUUUAAGUAGACAUAUAGUCAUUAAAUGUUGGACAAGACGAAAAGCUAAAGAAUGGAUGGAAUUUAUACAAGAAGUCAGUAACAAAGAAGGUAAAGAUUUUAUACAAACAAAUCCACAUAAUUCAUUCGCUCCAUAUCGCUCACCGAUAUUGGGAACUUGGUUCGUUGACGGAGCCGAUUACAUGUCUGCUGUAGCUGAUGCAAUGGAAAAUGCCAAGGAAGAAAUUUUUAUUGCAGACUGGUGGCUUUCGCCAGAAAUUCAUAUGAAAAGACCGAUAGUUAAUGGAAAUUAUUGGCGGUUGGAUAAAAUUUUACAGAGAAAAGCACUUGAGGGUGUCAAGAUAUUCAUAUUGAUAUAUAAAGAAAUUGAAGUAGCUUUGGGUAUAAACAGUUACUAUAGUAAACAGCGGCUAGUGGAGCAAUGUCCCGAGAAUAUAAAAGUCUUGAGACAUCCAGAUCAUGCAAGAGCGGGUGUUUUUCUAUGGGCUCAUCAUGAAAAAAUUGUUGUUGUGGAUCAGUCCCUGGCAUUCCUCGGUGGCAUUGAUCUAUGUUACGGUAGAUGGGACAAUAAUGAACACAAAUUAAUAGAUCUAGACACCAUUCACCACUCGAGUAUUUACAUUCCCUCAAAAGACAAGCAGACUAAUACCAGCAGUAAAAAAGUACUAACACGUAACACAGAGAAACACGUGUUGUUAUCAUUAGCAAUCGCAACAAAUACUAUCGCUAUGGCAACUACGAGGUCUAUUCCUGUAUUAUCGAUGAUGAAUAGUGGUGCGCAAAAGGCUUUAACAUUAUCAACAAUAUCAGCAGACGAGUCACUUUUUAUGAUGCAACAAAAAGAGGAUAAGGUAAAAUGUAACACUCCUGAACUACAGAGAAAAAACUUGUUAGAUGUUGCAAAAACAACUGUCGAUAAAGUGAAAAGCAGCGUGAAAACAAAGAGACAAGAAUUGAUUAAUAUAGUUUACAGUUCUCACGAAGCGUAUGGCGAUGAAGAUACCGUAGAUAGUUACUGUAUGACUACAUCUCUGGAAACUGAACUGGAAAAUGUGUUCUAUGUACAAGGGAACAUUGAUGGUGAUUUAAAACACACCACGAAAUUGUGGCUUGGCAAAGAUUACACCAAUUUUAUUGUUAAAGACUUUAAUGAUCUCGAGAAACCAUAUCAAGAUCUCAUAGAUAGAACUACUACUCCUAGGAUGCCAUGGCAUGAUAUAGGAAUUUUGGUACAAAAUGCUGCUGCUAGAGACGUGGCCAGGCACUUUAUACAACGCUGGAACGCCGUCAAGUUAGAAAAGGCAAAUCUGAAUAAGUGUUAUCCAUUCUUGUUGCCAAAAUCGUAUAAAGAUUGUAAGAGCUAUGCUCCAUUUAUUAAAGAAGCUAAUCAGUAUAACGUCAAGUGUCAAGUAUUGCGAUCUGUGAGUUCCUGGUCAGCUGGUUUCCUCGAUCCAGAAAGUGUGGAACGAAGUAUUCAGGAAGCCUACAUCGACGCUAUCAGCAAAGCGGAGAGAUAUAUAUACAUAGAAAAUCAAUUUUUUAUAACGCUCGCUUCCAUGGAGAAAAGUGGCGUGAAGAAUCGUAUCGGUGAGACACUGUUGAAAAGAAUUUUGAGAGCGCAUAGAGAAGGCGCGAUAUUUAGAGUAUUUGUCGUAAUGCCUUUAUUACCAGGAUUUGAAGGCGAAGUUGGAGGACCAACUGGAACAGCGUUAAGAGCGAUAACGCAUUGGAAUUACGCUUCUAUAUCAAGGGGAAAGGAUGCUAUCUUAAAUCGAUUAAUAGAAGCAGGUAUAGAUGAUCCUAGUGAGUACAUUACAUUCCACGGUCUGAGAACUCACUCUAUGUUAAAUGGUACAAUGGUAACAGAACUGAUCUACGUUCACAGUAAGCUAAUAAUAAUAGAUGAUAAUACAGUGAUAUGUGGCUCAGCUAAUAUAAAUGAUAGAAGUAUGGUUGCUACGAGAGACAGCGAAAUAGCCGUAAUAAUACACGAUCAAGAAUUUGAUGAUGGGCGCAUGAAUGAUAUACCUUUUCCUUGUGGCAAAUUUGCUUCUUCGUUGAGAAAACAAUUAUUCCGCGAACAUUUGGGAUUGCUGAAUACUAAGGAAGAAAUUAAUAUCAAUGAUAUUCUUAUUAAAUCUUUUUAUAAGGAUGUAUGGUGUGCUAGAAGUAAGAAAAAUACGCAAAUAUAUGAGGAUGUAUUCCAAUGUGUUCCUACUGACAAAGUAGUUAAUUUUGCUACGUUGAAACAAUAUCAAGACAAAAUACCUCUCUCUUCAUCCGAUCCAUUAUUGGCGCAAGAGAUGAUAGAAGACAUCAAGGGUCAUUUGGUCGAUUUGCCAUUAAAUUUUUUAUGUAAUGAAGAUUUAAAGCCUGCUGCUAGCACAGUAGAAGGAAUAAUGCCAACUGCGUUAUGGACAUAAGCGUGUGCUCCAUGGAUAAUUUAAAUAAAUUUAUUGAAAAUAUUUUAUGAUUAUAUUAUAGAUAUUAUAUAGUUAUUUAAUGUUUCCAGGUUUAUACUUUUAUAAUGUUGAGACGUAAUUUCUUAGAAAAAAUGAUACUUAAUCUUUAAGCACUGACAGAAGUCUGAUAGACUCCCAAUGAAAUAAAAAAACCUAUUGCUGUUUCACUCCCGCUUAAGGAUAUAUACAUCGCGUCCGUCUAUCUUCUGUUUGGCCCGUAAGAUACGAAGUGGUGACAAGGAAAGACGUUUCGCACACUUUCUCAGGUAAUUAUCAAACUUCGAAAUAUUUUUAUAAAUCUGUGUCAGUGCUUAAGGGUUAAUUCUAAAUAUUUAUUACGUUUGUUACGCGUUUGGACAUAAUACCUUUAGUCUUUUAACGAUGAUGAAUGUUAUUUUAUAGAUAGAUAAUUAACGAGCAUUGAUAUUUGUAAUAUAUUUUAACGAAUUACGGUACAAAUUAAUCUUGAUAUUAUCAGAUAAAACAGUAUUAGUGAGGCAACUACUACCUUCCAUGUUGCAAAAAUAUUAAAAUUACUGUUUAUAAGAAUAUAAGAAAAAAUAAAAUUAGUGAAAGUUAAA